GCUGCUCAGGACUACACGGUUUAUUCGCAUUCAUCUACCCGCACUGUUAAUUAUUAUUUUUUCAUGGUAAUUAUGGAAAGCCAAGACAAACGACGAAUAAAACACUAAGGAAUAUUUUUUUACCAACGAGUGGGAGCGUGUUUUUCGACGAAGGUUGAAUAUUCGACAUCACCUUUGAAUCGUGCCGAGAUCCCAGCGUUUGGGAAUGGGCAAUGAUGGAGGAUAAAGGGCCCCGUGUAGCCGACUACUUCGUGGUUGCCGGCCUGACCGACUCGCCCAAGCCUCUAGAAGAAGAGCUCCACCUUGAUGAUGCCGGCCCCAAGUCAGUGAAAUCAAAAGCCCCCAUCACAGAUGUAGCUGUGGUGAUCCGCUCCCUGGGCGAGGAGGUACCCCCAGGGUUCACCUGCGUAGAAAGCACCCCUUCAGGCUUGUCUGCAGAGCUCAAUGGAGCCAGCCUCAGGGGCCCGCAAAUCUUCUUGUGCUUCAAGCGAGGCAGAGAUAAGCCUCCUCUGACAGAUCUUGGGAUUCUGUAUGAGUGGAAAGAAAAGCUGAAGCCGGGAUGUCACAUAGUCCAGACAACGCCCUCAGGACGCCCUGCCAAUAUCAGCAGUUCAUCAUCCCAACGCAUCUACAUCACCUAUCGCCGUGCCCCAAAGAGCCAGCCCCACACUUCACUGGCUGUCACCGAUGUCUGCAUCAUCAUCCCUGGCAAGGGGGAGACACCCCCUCACACCUUCUGCAAGGUGGACAAGAACCUCAACAGCAGCAUGUGGGGAUCCUCUGUUUACCUUUGUUAUAAGAAGUCUUUGGCUAAAGCAAACACAAUCUCAUACAAAGCAGGUCUGCUGUGCAGGUACCCUGAAGAGGACUAUGAGUCCUUCCCACUGCCAGAGUCAGUGCCUAUGUUCUGCCUGCCCAUGGGGGCUACGAUCGAGUGCUGGCCAGCACACACCAAACACUCUUUGCCUGUUUUUUCCACAUUUGUAUUGACGGGGGCGUCUGGGGAAAAGGUGUACGGGGCAGCCAUUCAGUUCUAUGAGCCUUACUCAGAGGAGAACCUGUCGGAGCGUCAACGCUCACAGCUCGGCCUGCCAAGUUCUGAUCUGGGACCUGAUGGGACCAGGAGUGUUUACAACAACAAGAGCAUCUGUCUGCUCUCCCACUGGCCCUUCUUCCAGUCCUUCAGGAGCUUUCUCACUUUUCUUUACCGAUACUCCAUCUCUGGACCACAUGCCCUGCCUAUUGAAAAGCACAUCUCCCACUUCAUGCAAACGGUGCCAUUCCCCUCCACCCAGAGACCACGCAUCCUAGUGCAGCUGUCUCCACAUGACAGUCUGAUACUGAGCCAGCCUGUCUCCUCCCCCCUGCCUCUCAGUGGUGGAAGCCUCUCCACAUUGCUGUUAAAUCUGGGCCCAAAGAAUGCAGCCACUCUGCUGGUGCUUGCUGUCACAGAGCACAAGAUCCUGGUCCACUCCCUGCGUCCAGCGGUACUCACCAGUGUUACAGAGGCACUUGUGUCGAUGAUAUUUCCCUUCCACUGGCCGUGCCCUUACAUCCCUCUGUGCCCGCUGGCACUGGCUGAUGUGCUCAGUGCGCCAUGUCCUUUCAUCGUGGGUGUUGACUCCAGAUACUUUGACCUCUACGUGCCCCCAGCUGACAUAAGCUGUGUGGAUCUGGACACCAACACAAUCUCUCAAAAAGAUGACAAGAAGGCUUUAACAUGGAAAAUCUUGCCCAGGAGAGCCUGCAAGUAUCUUCUGAACACUCUGAAUAAGAUACAUCAGCAGCUUACUGAAGGUGGCCAGCUAAACCGUGAAGACAUGCAGAUGGAGCACACUGUGACUGACAGCGAGCUUAAUGGAGGGAAGAGCCUUCAGACUUUAGAGCUGGAGAUUCAGGAGGCCUUUCUGCGCUUCAUGGCCGCCAUCCUUAGAGGCUACCGCUCUUACCUGCUGCCCAUCACACAGGCCCCCUCUGAGAAGACUACUGAUGCCAGCUCCCUGUUUGACAUACAAGGCUUCCUAAAGAGUCGAGACCGCUCCAAUCAUAGGUUUUACUCCCUCAUGACCAAGACUCAAAUGUUCAGCCGCUUCAUAGAGGAGUGCUCCUUUGUCAGUGACAAAGAUGCAAGCUUGGCUUUCUUCGAUGAGUGUGUUGAUAAGCUAUUCACCACUGGAGGCAAGAUGGACAGUGAACGCCCAGACGAAACCAGACUGAUCGAGCUGGAUGAAUCACACCGCAGUGAGCACACGGUCUAUGUCAACCCUCCAGAGCUUCCUCCAUUGCCUGAAGGAGAGGAGCAUCCAUUAUGUUAUAGCUACUCUGGGUUCCCUGUGUUGAAUGCUGAGCUUCUGGAGCCGCUGGAGGGGCCAAAUUCUUCAUCAGCAGGCAUGGCUUCACGCCACAGCAGCCCGGCCAGCCCUACAGCCAUCUUCAGACGCUCCAAACAGGAGAUCAAGUCAGCUCAAAGGAUGGCCAAAACCCAUUCAUCCAUGCCGCAGAUGUGGUCCAAGUGUCUGCUGCGCCACUGCUAUGGCCUGUGGUUUAUCUGCCUGCCAGGGUUCGUCGGUACCAGCCACUCUAAGGUGCGGGCUCUGCGCACAGCAUAUGACAUACUGAGGAAGAUGCAGGACAAGAAGCUGCAAGCUCCAGAUGAGGUGUGCUACCGUGUGUUGCUGCAGCUGUGUGGUCAGUACAGCCAGCCUGUCCUGGCAGUCAGGGUGUUGUUUGAGAUGAAGAAAGCUGGAGUUCAGCCCAACGCUAUCACAUAUGGGUACUACAACAAGGCUGUGUUGGAGAGCACAUGGCCGUCCACUACCAGAGGAGGCUACUUUUUGUGGGGAAAGCUGAGGAACGUGGUCCUAGGAGUGCUCCAGUUCAAGCAGGCGGGGAGAAAACAGACUACACUCAGAGAUCCUCAGCUUUCAGACGGCAGUGAUCUUGACACAGUCAGUCAUGGCAGCUUGGACAGUGCUAAUGACUCGGCUGAGCGCACCUCCAUCGACACAGACUUCACUAAAAUGGACUCCAGUGAUGAUGGAUUUAGCACAGGUGGACAGUCAGACCAAGGCUACGACUCCCUGUCCAAAGAAGAGGAGAGGAUGUGCAGCAGGGAGAGUGACAGCACAUCAGUGGUGGAGGACAAAGGGCUGAGACAGUCCAGCAAUGACAACAGGCUGGUCCCCAGUCCUCCCAGUGAAGUCAUUCUGCGUGACGUUCUGCCAAAGACAGAGAGGCCAAAAUCUCUGGACUUGUCCGGUGGAAGUCUACGUCUUACCGUCCCUCAUCUUGGCUCAACAAAGCAGCCUUACCUCUCUGCUGAGAGACUGCAUGGAGUGGAAGAAGAGGAGACAGAGACUGACAAACAGAAAUGUGUGCUGGAGGACAGCAGUAAAUCAGAGAGACAGCCAGCACACAGAGAGAGGAGCGUCAGCUGCAGUGCUGGAACAGUAAGGAGGACAGGUAUUGAAAGGGGGUUUGAUCCCCUGUCGCUUUUGGCAACCCGUGUGGUACAGGAGUGUGAUAAGGAGGGCAGCGGCAUACCCUCGGCCCGCCGCAACCUCGCUGAAGAGAUCGAGAUGUACAUGAACAAUGGCAGCAGCCCCCUGAGCAGCCGCACUCCCAGCAUGGACCUGCAGAACCCUUCAAGCCCUUUGUUUCGCACCUCCUCUUCUCCUCACACCUCCCCACGACCCUCCGUCCUGCUCCGAUCCAACACACACCUCCCACUGCCAGUUAAAUCCAAGGAGAGGCUGAGGCCGUCACCGUCUCUUCCUCUUGGCGUCUCUACCAAAGACAGAGAAAGGCCUUCCUCCCUGGUGUCCCCUUCAUCACCUACGCCCUCCAACUCAUCAUUCUCCAUGGACUCAUUGUUUACUCCCACUCUGGACAUCUUUAAGAGCAGCGUCAUCUCAGCAGGGAAGGGUGUCGCUGAGAAGGCAAGCCGUCUCUACUCUCGUCUGUCCUCUCAGACUUCAUUAACACAGGAUACAAACUGUGACCGGAUCAGUGUUUCCUCGAUGACUUCAGGGGAGGCAGACUGCUCCUCGCUGCUUGAUAAUGACUCCUGUCUGGACCCAGAUGGCUUCACCUCCCCCCAGCAUGGCGGCGUGUCCCGGUUCAGGAGGAGCCCUGUUGUGGGUCACACCAACCUGGGCAGCCCCAGCACCCCAAACAGAGUGUUCAGACACAAUUCCUUCUCUGGUGGUUUGGCACUUCCGUCAAAAACUCCUCACACACCUGAUUCCUCCCCAGAUACCAAACGCUUCCAACCUGCUCCCAAUUACACCAUAGAGGUGCAGAUGUCGAGUUGUUCACUUUGUAAAACGUGUGACUGUCUGGUGUAUGAUGAGGAGAUUAUGGCAGGGUGGACAGCCAAUGACUCGAAUCUCAACAGCACUUGUCCUUUCUGCGGCACGGCCUUCCUGCCUUUCCUCAAUGUGGAAAUCAAAGACCUGAGGCCACAAAGGAGGUCUUCUCAAGAAACUAAUCCGGUUUCAGACGAGGACACGUUGGUGGCACUCAAUUCAGAGGCCAAAAUGUCUGCAGCAGACUGUGCAGCUGAAUCAUCUGAGGCUCGCCUGCAGGAGCAGCAGGGCAGCGCUAACACCGGGCAGGCUAAUCCCACCCCAGCACCAGCCUCCGCUCCCAUGACAGUGCCCUACCUGAGCCCUCUGGUUCUGUGGAAGGAGCUGGAGAGCCUCCUUGUAAAUGAGGGGGACCAGGCUAUUUCCUCACCUAGUAUUGUCGACCAACACCCGAUCGUCUUCUGGAACUUAGUGUGGUACUUCAGAAGGCUGGAGCUGCAGAGUAACCUGCCGGCUUUGAUCCUGGCCUCCCAGCAUUGUAACAAUGGGGACCAGACUCCACAGAGCGUCUCCUCUGAGGACAGUAAGCAGGUUCUUGUUAGGAUCAUGUGGGACAAUCUGAAGCUGCACCAAGACAAAGUCCAGCCCUGCUAUGUCUUAUGGAACACUCACUGUGCUAACUCACUGGUUCGCUCAGGGCUGUGUGAAGAAGGGCAGCUCUUCACAGUGGAGCUGCUGCAGGGCUUUGUGAGGAGCAUUAAGAAGAGUGAUGUCUAUCAGCCCAUGAGCCAAAUCAUCCAGCUGCUGGGGCCAGAGCUGGGCUUUAAAAGACAAAGGAGUCUGUAUCGAGAUUUAUUGUUCCUGGCACUGGUGGCUUUGGGGAAACACAACAUCAAUAUCAAUGCUUUCGACAGGGAGUACAAGCUUGCAUAUGACCGCCUCACCCCCAACCUGGUCAAACUGACACACAACUGUGACCGCCCCCCAGGAGCAGGAGUCAUGGAGUGCAGGAGAACUUUUGGGGAGCCCUGUCUGUGAACUGUUUCUCUUCUACUUCUACCAAGUUAUUUUUCUUUCAGCCUCAGACACUGCUGCUUUAUCUUUAUUUUUUGGACUCAGACUCCCCACACUCAGGACCAGCUCACCUGAUUGGAGCACAUAGCUAUGAAGCACAGUAGGAAAAUAACACUCAACGAUAAGCGACUGCCAUGAGUUUCUUGUAUACUGUUAGAGCUGAGAGGCAUGAGGUGACAGGCCUUGUGUUUGUGAAUAUGAGAAUAUUCACUGUAUUUUCAGUAUAAUUAUGGUAAGAUGUUUGUAUAGUUAUUAUACAGUCUAUUUUAUGACUUUGUUUCUGUCAAAGCUGUGAGUCAAAUAUGUAAAGUAAGUCUGUUGAAAUUCCUCAGUGGUCCUGGUGACCUUUUUAAGACUGUUGUUGAGUGUGUGUAAAAUAAGUACUUGCUUUUAGUCCUUCACGUUUUUAUGAAGCACUUUGGUAGGAUGAGUUUUUGCCGUUGGUUCUCAUUUACAUAACCCUGCGAUCCCGCAGCCUUUGCUCAAGUGAAUUUUUAUUUGACAGCUGCAGGACAAACUGUCCUGUCGAAUAUGUCCAUGACAUGCAGUGAAUGAAAGCAAAGACAUUCCUCCCCGUCUGAACCCUGUGCACUGCCCAGAGUAAUGCUUGUAUGCCUAAAUACAAUUUACUGAUUAAAACAAUUAAAUAACAUGAUUUUCAUGAGUCAAAAGGGAGUUCUCGAUUCAUGUAUAGGCACAUAUUUUAAGGAAAAUGUAAGAAAAACACAAAAGGGAAUAAUACUCUUAUGAUUUGUUUCAAGAUUUUUUAAGCAAUACCUUUUUAAUCUGAGGAGUCAUGUGUUAUAUGGGACCACCAAGGAUGGAUUUCUGCAAAACAGAAAAAUCAAACUAAUGAUAGAUAAAUAAAUACUAAGAAACAAUGUUUUCUUAUGGAUUAAACAACACAUUUUUAAUAGAGAAAUUACUCAGUUGAAACAGAAAAGAACAAAUAAUUCUGUACAGAGUAUAAUUCUUGUGUUUUGUAUUAUUAUUUUUUUAUCUUCACUGUAUGGUUUGGACAACAAUGCACUAUAAAUGUGACAUACAGAGCAGAAAAUAACAUUUUGAAAUCUGUUUGCACUGAGUAGACUUAAUGUCAAAGGUGUUAAGGAAAAACAAAAGCUUGGACCUGCCCUGAUUCAAACCCACCUUCACAUGAGUGUGAUGGUUCACUGUGUUUCUAUUGUCUUUCACUAUAAACUGACAAAAUCCUGCCUGGAUGUGAUGAAGCUCUGCAGUGUAUUUUUAGACUUCAUCACAGUAACUCGUGUCAGUGCUGAACAAGACAAGGCUGGAAUAAACACCAGCCUCACAGCAUGUAUAUCUGCAUUCUAUUCACCUCAUUAGUUAAAAAAAAAGCACUGAUGACCAAAACAUCACUUGAUGUCUACCUGUUGUUUACUCGACUUGUCAAUUUAAACAAUGUUUAUGAUGCAUUAUUUAUCAUUUGUAACACUGAUACUUAUUUGUAUGAUUUUUUAAUAUAAAAAAGAAUCAAAUUUA